AUGAAGAAGCAUAGCUUCUCCAUUCCCGAGGCCAUUCUCGUUCAGAAUUUCGAAUAUUUCCAAAUUGCCUUGAAGCUUAAACCUUCGGCGUUAGGGUGGAAGGAGCAGGUCGAAAGAGAGUUCAAGUUACAACGUGAAGAGGCUGGUGCUUUCGGACUAAUAAGCAGCUUCCUGAUGACGGGGAAAUUCCCACAGCACCCGGAUCGCAACGUACGAUCGGCUGCCGACCUCAUUGACGACUUGAUCACUGCAACCCGCCUGUCGGACUAUAUGGGUCUGCGCUGCCACGAGCGGCUUGUUCACGCUAUAUGCUUGUGCGUCCGACAAUUGCUGCUUGAAGAUUGA